CUCAACAUCUGACAGGGAUGUAUUCAGAUCUCCAUGACGUCACCCGAUGCCCUGCGCUCCGCCAGUUAGUCAGUUCAGGGAUGCUCUGUACGCAAGACUGCAGCAUCUUCAUCUGAGCGGUUCCCAAAAAUCGCAUCUCUUUCCAACAUUUUUUAUCCAUUCUCUGCAUUCUCUCCCUUCCAGACCUUCCUGAAAACCCACCCUAGCCCUUUGCACCGACCCGCAAGGAAUCUUCAUGCGAGAAUUGAAGAGCACCUAGCAAACAAUAUUUUUGUUUCAGUUCUUUUUCCGUUUUCAUUUACUUCGCCUCUUUGUUGACCACGCAUCAGCACAUAUUUUUAUUUUUAUUAUUUUUCUUUACCUAGUUUUAAGUGUUUCCACUGUGAUCGUAAAGCAUCGCCCUGUAAGAAGGUAAAAAAGCGAAAAUUAUACCGCGAAAAGAUAUAAUACGCGUGAAGAAAUCGGGGAAAGAUUAAACGUUCUAAAGCUGCACGUUUAGUGACUGGGGAAGAGGGGAGAAAUAAUUUGGGAUUUUUAUAGAUGUGACGUUUCUUCAAUCCAGCACCAAGCAUUGCCUGUCUCGAAUAAGGCUUCAGUAAAUACAUACGGCGUAUCAUUUCGGUGUUUUGAAGAAGGGUGGAUAAAGCGUAAGAGAUCUCUCUCGGAAGAGAACGGCAACGUCAGAGACGCAUUUCUAAUUCUUUAACGCCCCGCUUAUUCAAGAGCCUUUGUUUCGUGUGCUGCAUUGAGGGAUAACAGUUUUUAUCCGAGCUACUAUGAAAAUGAUGGCCGGCGGGGCAGUUCAACAGAACGGGAUUUUCUCGAAUCCUCACCAUCACAAUCAACAGCCACACAUGGAGUCGGAUCCCCCAGAUUCCCGUAAAAGACCGCUGGAGACCCCGACUGAGGCGAGCAGCACCAAGCGCACAAACACGGGAGAGGAGGGCGAGUAUUUCCUGAAGGUGCUGAUCCCCAGCUAUGCGGCCGGAUCCAUCAUCGGGAAGGGGGGGCAGACCAUCGUCCAGCUGCAGAAAGAGACCGGCGCCACCAUCAAGCUGUCCAAAUCCAAAGACUUCUACCCAGGGACGACGGAGAGGGUGUGUCUGAUCCAGGGCACGGUGGAGGCCCUGAACGGGGUCCACAAUUUCAUCGCCGAGAAGGUGCGCGAGAUGCCCCAGAGCGCCCAGAAGGCCGAGCCCGUUAGCAUACUGCAGCCGCAGACCACCGUCAACCCCGACCGCAUCAAACAGGCGAAGCUGAUCGUGCCCAACAGCACAGCGGGCCUGAUCAUUGGGAAGGGCGGAGCCACGGUGAAGGCGGUGAUGGAGCAGUCGGGCGCGUGGGUCCAGCUCUCCCAGAAGCCCGAGGGCAUCAACCUGCAGGAGCGCGUGGUGACCAUCAGCGGGGAGCCCGAGCAGAACCGCAAGGCGGUGGAGAUCAUCGUGCAGAAGAUCCAGGAGGACCCCCAGAGCAGCAGCUGCCUCAACAUCAGCUACUCCAACAUCUCCGGCCCGGUGGCCAACUCCAACCCCACCGGCUCGCCCUACGCCAACUCCGCCGAGGUGAUGCCGGCCGCCGCCGCCGCCGCUGCCGCCACCGCGUCCAGCCUGCUGGGCCAGGCCAGCCUGGCCGGUGUGGGGGCCUUCCCCACCACCAUGUCCAGCUUCUCGGGUAACGACCUGCUGGCCAUCACGUCCGCCCUCAACACGCUGGCCAGUUACGGAUACAACACCAACUCCCUGGGCCUGGGCCUCAACCCGGCCGCCGCCUCUGGGGUCCUGGCGGCCGUGGCGGCCAGCGCCAACCCGGCUGCCGCCGCCGCCGCCAACCUCCUGGCGUCCUACGCCAGCGACGCCUCCACCAGCGCCGGCCACCCCGCCGCCACCCUGGGCGGCUUCACCCUGGGCUCCCUGGCCGCCGCCACGGGGGCCACCAACGGCUACCUGAGCGCGGCCUCACCGCUGGUGGCCAGCUCCCUCCUGGCCACCGAGAAGCUGACCGAAGGGGCCAAGGACGUGGUGGAGAUCGCCGUCCCGGAGAACCUGGUGGGCGCCAUCCUGGGCAAGGGCGGGAAGACGUUAGUGGAGUACCAGGAACUGACGGGAGCCCGGAUCCAGAUCUCCAAAAAAGGGGAGUUCAUCCCAGGCACCCGGAACCGCAAAGUUACCAUAACGGGCUCGCCGGCCGCCACACAGGCCGCCCAGUACCUGAUCAGCCAGCGAAUCACGUACGAGCAGGGCGUGCGUGCCACCAACCCGCAGAAGGUGGGCUAAAAAAGGGGAUCUAAAGAGGAAAAAAUCACAAGAGAAAGAAACGGGGCCGGGGAGGGGGAAGAACACAGAAAGAGGAAAGAAGGGGAGGAGGAAGUGGAGAGGAAGUCAUCCCAAUGUUCAUGUUUUCAGUAUUUGAGAAAAAGGAUGAGGAGAAAAAAACCCACUUGGAAGGAGGAAAAAAAAGUGUCAAACCGAAACCAAGAAAAAAAGUGUAAAAUGUAAAUAUGGUUUUAUUACCUAUCCUGAUCUAACAGGAUUUUUAUUGUUUUGUUUUUUUGGUUCUCUGGACGGUGGUGAAC